GUUUAAAAAAUGUUUUCAUGUGGAAAUUGUAUUUCGGGAAAAAAAAGCCAACCAAACAAAACUUUUCACCCAGCACCAAGUGAUAAUAUUCAUAUCAAAGUGUAACUUCACAGGGCUGUGGCUGAUAUUUUAUAUUCUGUAACUGCAGAAGUACCAAAAAGAAGUGCUCCAACACCAAGCAGCUGUGUGCUCACCACUCUUGCAAGAAGUAAGAAGUUCAAGUCCCUGCCAGCUGGACCAUUAUAAUUCCAUGGGGAUAUGUCAGUUCCUGCAGCAUCCACCACAGUGAUGCCUACUGACCCUCUUUCUUCCCUUUACAAUUUAUCUUUUUGUACUAGUGUUUUUCCUCUAGGAUCCUUGAGCUGCUCCUUAAUAUCAAUAAUCUCACUUCUGUCUGUAAUUUUACAUUUAUUGUUUUCCACAAGUACACUCUAUACACUUUCUGAGAGCUCUUACUGAAAAUUUGGAAAUUUCAAAUUCAGAGCCAAAUAUAUGCAGCUGGUCUGUCUCAAAACCAGUCCUGUGCUCCAUGGGAGGAGAGUACCAUGCGCUGAGUGAGAGCCCACCGCUGCCUUCCAGCAAUUUCCAGCCUUCGCUUGGCCUCUGUGCUUCCACAGAGCCCCGUGCCACUGACUCCCUCGCUGAGCUUGAGCAGGUUCUGUAGUGCAGCUGCUGCUGAAAGGAAACACCACCUCAGCAGGUCUGUUUGCUUCCACAAAUGUGUAAUUGAGGCGCUCUCCCUGAUGCUGGUGGCAAAACAUGCUAGGAUUUGGCUGCAGCAAGGAUGCAAUAAACAGCAAUGCAUCAAUAACUCCUGUCAGGAAGCUAAGGAUUGCGGAAGUUGCUGUCUUCUCAUUCUAAGAUUUUAUUUUGGUUUCCAAACAGUGGUGUUAAACUGCAGAGGAAAGGACAAGCAUUUCCCUAUCAGUUUACAUUGGUAAUUCAUUAUUCAUGAUGCAGAACUAGAGAGCUUAGCUGAAGGUCUUUGGGAGAGGUCUUCAGCAACACAUCUAGAAGCUGGAUAGUUAAGAUGCUUUCAAGUCUUUACAAGUAAAAUAUAACUUGCUUUAAAAAAAAGGAAAAAAAAAGUUUUUUUUUUUUUUUUAAUAUUACUUUGUUUCAAAGAACAUUGUAAAGAGAAAUUGAACAUGGGUUUGAGGUCUGGAAGUUACACUUGAUGCAGAGGGUUUUAUUAUUAUCAUCACUAAUGUUGUAAUAUGUUUGCUGCUGCAACCAAAAACUUUGUUAAACAGGUUGGUGACGGAGGAAGACUAGUUCCAGUGCCCAGUCUCAGUGAAGCUGAUAAAUACCAGCCUCUGAGCCUUGUGAUUAAGAAAAGAAAGUGUUUGCUUUCAAAAAAAUCUAAAUUUGCAUCAACACCUUUCACAUUAAAAGACAUUCUUCAAGGGGAGAAAGAAAUUUCUGCAGGUGUCUCAUCUUACCAGUUGCUCAAUUAUGAAGACAAAUCGGAUGUUACGCUCAAUGGUAGAAGAGGAAAUCAGAUAAUGAACGAUGUUGGUUUUGAUGUUGCUGGAUCAGAUUCUGUUGCCUUUAAAGCUUCAUUUGGCAUAGUGACCAAACAUGAGGUUGAAGUACCGACAUUACUUAAAGAACUCACUACAAGAAAAAUAAACUUUGAUCACUGUCUAGUACAUCAAUCAAGAAAAAGUAGGAUGGAGAUUUUGUGCGUGGUCAUGGAAAGUAUUAGGACUACAAGGCAGUGCUCAUUAACUGUCCAUACUGGAAUGCGUGGAGAAACAAUGAGGUUUCACAUUAUUGAAGACCAAAAUUAUAAAGGACGGGACAAAGCCAUUGUUUUUCCUGCACAUACAACAAUUGCUUUUAGUGUAUUUGAGCUUUAUAUUCAUUUGGAUGGUAAUUUUGAACUAUGUGUGACUCCAAUUUCAAAAGGAGGAUUUGAAAAAGAGAAAUCCAGAUCAUCUUCAAUGAACAAAUUAAGGAUGUUAAAGAGUAAUCUCUUCCAUCGAAAUAAAAGAGUAGUGGAUACCAUCGUUAACUCUGAUGUUUACUUGGAGGACGUUUUUACAGACUAUUAUGAAAAAGCUGCAAGCCUGACCGAUCUCUCUACAAGCUAUCUCAGAGAAGGGGCUCAUAUCCGGAUUAAUUUACUUCAUAAUAACAUCCCGAAAGGUCCCUGUGUCCUUUGUGGAAUGGGAAGUUCUAAAAGGGAAACAGUCUAUGGAUGCCUAGAGUGUUCUUUUAAUGGACAAAAGUAUGUACGACUGCAUGCUGUGCCCUGUUUUGACCUCUGGCAUAAGAGAGUGAAGUAACUGAUGUAGGUAAGUGCCUAUUGCAGACAUGGGCAUAAAUAACUGUGCCACAGACUUUUCAGAAUUAGUAAAUGUGACUCAUUUUGUUUAAAUGCAAAAUAGUGAAAGUGCAAAACUUUUUAUAACACUAUUAUAUACAAAUGAUUUGCUUCACAAUGACCUUAAUUACUUGAAAAUGUCCUAAUGCAUUCCCUGACAUUUUGCUUUUCUUUUUUCUAGUACCUUCUCAUUGUAUUAUCAUAAUUAAAAAUGUGCUUUUAAACUGUAUUUUCAUAAUGUCAAAAUAUAUGCUAGAACCUACCUAUAAGUAAGUUGUUUACAUAAAUUUGUUGUUAAACCCCAAAAUGUUGCCUUUAUCUACACUGGCAUAGAAUGGUAAAAUGAGAAUAUUUGUUAAUAAUUUAGUGUUCUCAUGAAUGUUUCAUUGAAGUAUCAGAUUAAAAAACAUGCUAAAGCUUAGCUCCGUCUAAUGUUUCAUUCACAAAAGGGAACUAAAACUGGGGAUGGGAGUUUCAUAUUAGAGUGUCUUUACUAAUAAGUACCAGCCAGUCUACCUUUUUUGAGUUUUUUUUUUUAGGUCAUAGCUACUCAUGACUUUCAUACCAUUUAUGUGUUCAGAAAAAAAAGUGUUUAGCAGGAAAUGUUUAUGAAAGUUACAAAGAUAACAGAACUAAAUCCUUCCAACUAGACUUCCGGCUGAUGGUCUUCAUCUAUAGAUCUCAACUAUGACAAAUUAAGUUUGUGAUGUUAAGAAUAUAUUCUCCAGGGGGCACUAGAGAAUAGCACCCAAUACAGAGAUUGGGAGUGCUGUUGAGUGUACUGUUCAAACCUUCCCCACGCUAUGUUAAAGCAGAAAGACAAUUAAAUUUUAUUUGUAUGUUUUAUAAUGGUUUUAAGAUAAGUCAUAUAUAGAAAUCUUUUUUCCUAGGCUGCCAUUUUCACUGUGUACAUCUCCUUAUUUCAUGUUGAAAUAAAUGAUCAUUUUUCUCACUAGAAAGGUACAUUACGGAAGUGUUGUGAUGACAUCUACAUACACAGAACAGCUCAUUAAGCGGAAGUACCGUAUAUUAACUAUCAGUGUUAGUUUGCAUUUUUCCAAAGUGAGGGAAAACAGAUUCAUGCCCAGAUAAUUACCUUAUAUAGAAUAUCUCCUAUCAUCUUCCACCUCAUUCAAAUAAAAUAUGAUAUUGUAGAUUUUCAGCGUUGUGCUGCUGAACAAUCUGGCUAACUGCAUUAGUAAUUUUAUUACAAAGUUUAAAAACUUCGUUGAAAAUACUGUAUUUUCAUAAACACCAAACUUCAACUUAAUAUUAUAAAGAGGGUAUUUUAAGUUGCUUUAAAAACAUUUGUGGUUUUGUGUUGAAAUUCCACAGACAAGAUUCAUUUAUUUUAAGGCUUUUUAUAGACAAAUUUGCUGCAAUGGCCAAUGGCCUGUGCAGCGUUUUAAUGGAGUUACCUUCCUGGAAUUGUUUUCUCCUUUUAUUUUACAGGGAACUUAGAAGUAUUCAUCCAGUUAUUUUCUCAUUUUGUCAACAACUACUGGAACCAUUUUUUUUUUGGUGACUGACAGGACAGAAACAAUUAUUUUGACCAGUAAUUUACACAUUAAGGAAAACAACUGAGCAAUAGUGUAGAUUAGGAAAUGACAAAUCAGUAACAAUAGUUCUUGUUAUGUUCCAAUUGUAUUUAUUUCUUUUGCAACACCUAACAUAUUUUAUUAGUUGAGUGUUAAAAAUAAGAUUUUUACAGUUACCUUAGAUAUAAAAAGAUGCCACUAUAAAAAAUACAAAAGAUUUUGUGAUGAAAUAUUACUUUGGAUUUUUUUUUUAAAUUCAGUGUCCAGAAAACAGCCAAAGAUUUUAUGAAUGUUUAGAGUUCAUCAUGCUGGUAGACAUUGUACUCCUUUGCUGAUAUGAAACCAUCGCCAUCAUGGUCAUUCUU